AUAUCACUAUAUUAGCGCGCAUGAUGAGGAGCAAUGGACGAAGCAAAAAUGGCAGCGAAGAAGCCUCAUGUGGUGUGUGUUCCUCUUCCAUUGCAAGGCCACAUGAACCCUAUGCUAACCCUAUCCAAGCUCCUCCACCUCCAUGGCUUCCACGUCACCUUCGUCCUCACCCACUUCAACUUCUCCCUCUUGCUCAACUCCAGAGGUCCCGAUUCCGUCAAGGGCGUUCCCCGCUUCCGGUUUGAGGCCAUCUCCGACGGUUUGCCGCCGGAGAACAGACGGGGGAUUCUGAACCUGGCAGAGUUUUGCGUGUCGAUGCCUGUAGAAGGGUUGCGUUCGUUCAGAGAGCUGAUAGCCAAGCUGCAGCAGGGUGAUUCGCCGGACGUGCCUCCGGUGAGCUGCAUAAUCUCCGACGGGGUGAUGGGGUUUACUUUGAAAGCGGCGGAGGAGUUCGGUAUACCUGAGUUCAUGUUGUUUACUCCGAGCGGUUGUGGCAUGGUGGGGUACCUUAACUUUGAUGAGCUUGAGAAGAGAGGGUUUUUCCCGUUGAAAGAUGAAAAGAAUCUACAAGAUGGGUAUCUGGACACAGAAAUAGAUUGGAUUCCGGCAAUGAGAGGAAUCAGACUAAGAGAAAUUCCCACAUUCUUCAGAACCACCAAUCCUUCUGAUAUAAUGUUCAACUACAACAGAGACUCAGUGUUCAACGCCAUUAAAGCCAGAGGCGUCAUCCUUAACACCUUCCAAGCCCUUGAAUCAGAAACCCUAGACGCCAUCACUUCCACCUACCCUAAUCUCUACCCCAUUGGCCCCUUACCAUUGCUUCUUCAGAACCACCGAAUUUCAUCACCGUCAGCCGCCGCCGACGCCAUAGACUUGAAUCUCUGGAACGCAGAAACCAAAUGCUUACAAUGGCUAGACACAAGAGAGAAAGAAUCAGUUAUUUACAUCAACUUCGGAAGCUUGGUUAUUUUGAACCCUAAUCAACUUCUAGAGUUUGCAUGGGGAUUAGCUAACAGUAACUGCAGUUUCUUAUGGGUGAUUCGACCUAAUCUGGUUGAAGGUGGUGAACAAGUAUUAUCAGAAGAACGAUUCAAGAAGAAGACUAAAGGAAGAUGCAUGAUUGUGGGGUGGUGUCCACAAGAGAAAGUACUGAGUCACCCGUCGGUGGGAGGGUUUCUGAGUCAUUGUGGGUGGAACUCGACGUUGGAGAGUAUUAGUGAAGGUGUGCCAAUGGUGUGUUGGCCGUUUUUUGCAGAGCAACAAAUGAACUGUUUCUAUGCGUGUAAGAGGUGGGGGAUAGGGAUGGAGAUUGAAGAAGGUUAUGAGGUUAUUAAGAGAGAGAAGAUUGAAGGGAUCGUGAGAGAAGUCAUGGAGGGAGAGAGAGGUAAGAAGAUGAGAGAGAAGGCUUUGGAGUGGAAAUUCAAAGCUCAGGAUGCGACAUUACCAGGUGGUUCUUCUUAUGCCAGUUUCAUCACUUUGGUUGACAAAUUGAAAGAAGGCGUUCAUUAAGCCACUUUGACGUAUCUCAAUUCUCAAGCAUGACGGAAAAAACAGGCUAAUUUAGUUUGCUAUUGGAUUAGUAUAUAUUUAAUUUUUAAUAAUAUUAGGCUAAAUUUGGGGUAAUAUAA